UUUCAUAAUUUAACAGUGGACUUUGGUGUUUUUUUUUUUUAUAAACAGUUAUACAGAUAUUUUAGUCUUUUUUCUCAAAUUCUCCUAAUUCUCACACCAAAAAAUUAAAUAACUGAACAAAAAUCAUGAUACGUGUUUCGAAAUAUAUUUCUCAAACUCCGAAGUGCCUCAACAAAUUCAUCGAAAUAAAUUCAAGAUGUUUGGCGACUCAGGCUUCGCCAAAAACAGUGAAAGCAGACGAGAAGAAGCCGGCGCAAAAGCCCGCCAAAGAAUCUCAAUCAUUUACCAUGAACAUAUUUCGUGGGCAACUUCAGCCCAAUCAGGUUUUUCCAUAUCCAGAACCGCUAACAGAGGAACAGAGAGAAACGAUCGUCAUGCUCAUGGAUCCGAUGCAAAAAUUCUUUGAGGAAGUCAACGACCCCGUUAGAAACGACGACGAAUCAUCCAUAAACGAAAAAACAUCGGCAGCACUGUGGGAACUCGGAGCAUUCGGGCUUCAAGUCCCCAUAGAGUAUGGUGGCGCGGGUCUGACAAACACUCAGUAUGCUGCUGGUGUCGAAAUCGUUGGGGCGAAUGACUUGGGAGUUGGAAUAACACUUGGAGCACAUCAGAGUAUCGGCUUCAAGGGAAUUCUGUUGUUCGGAAACCCGGAACAGAAAGCCAAGUAUCUUCCGAGAGUAACGGAGGGUCGUGAAUACGCCGCUUUCUGCCUGACUGAGCCGACUGCCGGCUCUGAUGCAGGUUCGAUAAAGACACGAGCAGUCAAGUCAGCCGAUGGAAGUCACUAUGUCCUCAACGGCAGUAAAAUUUGGAUAUCCAACGGAGGUCUGGCUGAGAUCAUGACCGUUUUUGCUCAGGUACCUGUCACUGAUCCUGCGACCGGCAAGACCAAGGACAAAGUCACCGCCUUCAUUGUCGAACGAUCAUUCGGCGGUGUCACUAACGGACCACCGGAAAGAAAAAUGGGCAUCAAGUGCAGCAAUACUGCUGAGGUUUACUACGAGGAUGUCAAGAUUCCUGCCGAAAAUAUUCUUGGACAGGAAGGAGAAGGGUUCAAGGUGGCAAUGAACAUUUUGAACAACGGUCGGUUUGGAAUGGCAGCUGCGUUGUCUGGCACGAUGCGUUCAUGCAUCAAAAAAGCGACGGAUUUUGCGACUCAAAGGCUGCAGUUUGGUCAGCGCAUCGACAGCUACGGUACUAUCCAAGAGAAGAUUGCCCGCAUGUCGAUGGUUCAUUACGUAACCGAAUCCAUGGCUUACAUGAUCUCAGGCAACAUGGACAACGGCAGUCAGGACUAUCAUUUGGAAGCUGCAAUCUCAAAGUGCUUCGCUUCAGAAUCAGCAUGGAAUGUAUGCGACGAAUCGAUACAAAUUAUGGGAGGAAUGGGAUACAUGAAGGGCACAGGACUGGAGCGUGUGAUGCGCGACUUGAGGAUCUUCCGUAUAUUUGAGGGGACGAACGACAUUCUCAGACUGUUUGUUGCUCUCACUGGAAUUCAAUAUGCAGGAAGCCAUUUACAAGAGCUUCAACGAGCCUUCCAGAAUCCUACAGCUAAUUUGGGCCUUCUUGUUGAAGAAGCGACCAGAAGAGCUACCAGAGCUGUUGGACUCAACUCCUCGCCCAACUUUUCACACCUUGUGCAUCCCGAAUUGCUGGAAAGUGCUGCUCUUUGUGCAAAGAGCAUCCAGUCUUUUGGUCAAGCAAUUGAGGCUGCUCUAGUUAAAUACAAACGUGGUAUUGUCAACGAGCAGUUCAUUUUGAACAGGUACGCUCAGGCUGCGAUGGACACUUAUGCGAUGGCCGUCGUUCUAAGCAGGGCUACAAUGAGUCUGAACAAGAAUUUGCCCAGCGCCGCACACGAAUUACUAAUGGCUCAGGCUUGGUGUGCGGAGGCAUCAGGCAGAGUUGCGUACAAUCUAAAAGUCGCCAGCGCUGGAAAACAUUUGGACAUAUUCAGUAAGUUCGGUAAAAUUUCACGAAAUGUUUGCGAGUCAGGCGGAAUCGUGCAGUCGAAUCCCUUGAAUUUGUAAAUUGGUGAGAGACCGGCACCGGAGAAAGAACUGCGGACAGUGUUCAGCGUACGAAAUAGUGAUGAUCGUCCAACUCUGAGAACUGAGAAAAUAUUGUAUAGGUAGGCAAAUUAAAAAGUGUCUGGCGAUUCCUGCUUCGAAAGUUCAUUGAAUUUUAUCAAAUGAUCGCGAAUUAAUUAAUGACUGGGUUUUCGCUGGACUGAAAAUAGAAUCAUGAUAGCAAUGACGGUAAAAUGUAAAAAUGCAUCGUUUAUGCCCUACUUUGUGCCUUUCAGACGGCACUUCAUCCCGCCGUCUGUGUGUAAACUGUGUAAAUGUAUAUAUAUGGAGCAUCAUUCAAUGCAAGUUAGGUAUAAAUAUAUAAGUUUAAUAUGCUGACUUUAUAAGAAAUAAAUAAAUAAAGAGUUUUUUAACCAA